CAGAGUGCCGCGGUGCAUGCCGGGCUGGAGGCGGACAGCUGUCUCCAGUUUGUGGAGGACCGACGUCAGUGUUUGUGCUGGUCUGGGGAAGAUGGCGGAGGCUGCGGCUGUUACACCGCAUCGGUUUUUCUGUCACUGUUGUAAGGGAGAAGUAAACCCCAAACUCCCGGAGUAUAUCUGUCCAAGAUGUGACUCAGGGUUCAUAGAGGAAGUAACAGAAGACUCCAGUCUCCUAGAGGGUGGCGCUAAUGGGAUAGAUGACGCAGCCACACAAUUUGCAGAGGUACAUGCUGUUUUACUUGUUAACUUGGCUUACUAUACAGACAGUGACACACCUGACUCAGAACCUCGGCUCCCUGGAGGGCGCUUGGGGGGUCUCAGUGACCUGGGGGGGUUCGGAGGGGGACCGAUUGGGGGGUCAGUCCCAGCAGGCCUAGGGGGACCUAUGGGGGGUCUACUAGGAACUGGGGAACACUGGGGACCAGGACGUCCCCCUCGCCUGCACAGCCAGAGGAGAUACCGGUCCAGAGGCAGCAGUAGACCAGACCGCUCGCCUGCUGUGGAGGGGAUUGUACAACAGUUUCUCGCUGGCCUCUUUGCCAACUCCGGAGUCCCUGGCUCACCUCCCCUCUCAUGGACGGGGAUGCUGCACUCUAACCCAGGGGAUUACGCCUGGGGACAGGGAGGGUUAGAUGCCGUGAUAACACAGUUACUAGGUCAGUUGGAGAACACAGGGCCUCCUCCAGCAGAGAAAGAGAAGAUCUCUUCUCUCCCUACUGUCAAUAUUUCUCAGGAACAAGCAGACUGCUGUAUGGAAUGUCCGGUGUGCAAAGAGGACUUCGCAGUGGGAGAGCCGGUCAGACAGCUACCCUGUAACCACUUCUUCCAUUCAGACUGUAUAGUACCAUGGCUGGAAAUGCAUGACACAUGUCCAGUGUGUAGGAAGAGUUUGAACGGAGAAGACAGCAGCAGCCAGCCCCCAUCAGAGUCCCCCACCCUCUCCAUGGACCCCCGCACACAGGAGAGAUGGUCUUUCUGAGACACCCACCUGUCUCAUCCCUCGGUUCUCCUCGCCUACAUCCACAACAACACACCGAGAAGACAAAUCACUUCUCACUUUCCUCUUUUCAUCCCUGUUGCAGUCAUAAUCAUCUCGGUCUGCUAUAUUUUUUGUAUUUUUAAUUUUCUAUUUGAAUGCCUUUCUCCUCAACCACGUAUACAAAUACCCAUACAGACGUCUUAACAGUCGGUUGAGGUCUGCUAGAUCUCUUCUUCUUUUUGCCUCAUAACAAACCAGCCUAGAUUGAUGAUGAUCAAGCCCAUGUCUUCUCUACUUCCACCUCUCAAGCAAACUUUUUUUUCGAUCUUUCUUGAAAUGCACUGCUGCAAUACACUAUUGCGGGAAAAUGCCAGACUUUAUAUUCUAUAUACCAUGCCCUCUUUACUCAUCAGAAAAUUAGCUAAAUCAUGCAACUGAGCCCUGUUUGGCAAAUACUGUAGGGGUUACUUGGUUACUCUUGGCAUUUACAGGGGCUGGACCUAACAACAUGAACACCUAUAGCCCUGCAAUAAAUGUUAUAUUUAUGAAGGGUACAAUACAGGUUUUUUUGUAUUUUGCCAGGGAGAUCUUGAUUGAAUUAUGGUUAUUUAUUCUGGUGGUGUUUUAUUAGAUCGCAUUGUAAAGGUGUUCAUGUUAUUGCGUCCACCCUCUGUAGUGUACGUCAAAAAAAAAAACACAACAGAGUAUUUUAUAGGAAUCACGUUGAGU